AUGAUUCAAUAUCCUAAAUUAUACUUCUUCACAUCUAUUUUGACAUGCAAGUGUUGGUUUGCAUUAAAACUCUUUCCAAUUUUCCAAAAAGUGAGUCAAAGUAGGCUCAAGAGUCAUAAUAACAGGCUGACUCUAACAUUAUUUUCAGCUGAUGAACCAACUUUGGACACCCAUAACUCCAUCGUUUCUCAAGUUUUUUCAGUGAGCCUAAAUUGCUCUCCUACAAACCUAGUUUUAUACCAUAUAAACCAAACCCCUCAAAGUUCCCUCAAACUCAACGAAUUUGUGGUCAAAAUUAGCUCAAAAGUUGAUUUUUAA